GUCCAAGGACUAAGAUAUGAUAUGGAUGGGGAGGUCCAUCGGUGCCGGACUUAAAAGACUGACUUGAGCCCCCGAGCGCCCACUUUGAGGAUCACUGCGACACAAUGAAGAGCCUCCGAGUCGUCUUGUCUUUGCUGGCCCUUGUGGCUGCGGUAUCCGCGGUCCCCUCCCACAGGAUCGUCGGCGGGGAAUUCACUGAGGAGGGAGAUUUCCCGGAGAUGGUGUCUGUAUACACCGACCCCCUGAUUGGCAGCAAGCAGCACCUGUGUGGAGGUAUCAUUCUGAACGAUAACCACGUCCUUACCACCGCCUCCUGCGUCAAUGGCCGCAGCAGCCUGCACGUGAUGGGCGCUGGCGUCAGCCUGGAGGACCAGUCAGGCUACGAGGAACACAAGACCGUCAACAUGGUAAUCAUCCACCCAGAUUACGAUUCAGUGACGAAGGCGCACGACCUCGCGAUUCUGAAGCUCAGCCACAACUUCAUCUUCGUGACCGGCUUGAUAAGCCCCGCUGUGCUGCCAGCUCCUGACACCGCUGAGCCCGCCACAGGCACCAAAAUGGUUGCUGUGGGCUGGGGCAAGGAUGGCCCUGAUGGGGAGCUGCAGACGAUGCAGAAGGCCGUGAACAUGACCUACCUGUCCCGCGAUGAAUGCAGUGUGAUCUUCGGAACCUUCGUGCAGCCUAACGAGGGGUGCCUGGAGGGAGGUGAUGGACACGGAAUCUGCUUGGGAGAUGAGGGCGGCAUUGCUGAAGACCAAGAGGGAACAGCCAUGGCCCUUGUGUCGUGGCACGUGAGUUGCGACGCCUUCCCUGCCGUGGUGACUCUCCUCGCUCCCUACCACGAAUGGAUCACCAGCCACUUUGAUACCUAAGCCAGUAUUCUCCUCAGAAGCCACAAAGACGGAACACCUGCAAGGACGAGCGGCGAUGAGUGCCCUGCAAGCUCGCUGGUUACUUUGAAGCCUGAUUUUUACGUGUUUGUUUUUCCAUCAAUCUCUUUGGCAAUGUGACAACUAUUAAUGUCUAUUGGAAUAUUUUCCUUUAUUGCUCAUAUGUUCUCGGAAGCUUAUCAUGUGACGCAUAAAACAUUUUGUUUACGUGGCUUCACAUAAAAGAAAAAUGGUU